AUGUGGGAAUCUCUUAACACUAAGAAAAAUGGAGAAUUGAUUCACCUCAACUUGAUUUUUAUUGAUGAGCAAGAAAAUCUAAUCCAUGCCACCAUCACAAAAACUUUAGUUCCUAGGUUUAAGAACCUACUGAAUGAAGGCUCCUUGUAUAGUGUCAAGGGUUUCAAGGUUGUCAAAAGCACAGGGGAAUAUAGACCACUUUCCAAUGAGUAUAGGAUUAUUUUUGUGGUUGGAACUUCUCUCAUGAAUUCGGUGACAUCAAAGAUUACUUUGUGGGGAGAUUUGGGGAAGAUGUUCGAACCAAAAUUAUACAAGAAGAAUAAUGGCCCUGUGAUUGUGAUUGUAACUUCAACAACUAUUAAAAAUUUUAAAGGUAAAGUUAGUUACUCUACGACAACUGCCAGCAAAAUAUACAUAAAUCUGAAAACAGAUUAUGUAGCAUCAUUAGUAGAAAAAUUUUCUACCAUCUCCAAUGGUGUUGAAGUCAUAGAGAAGUCGACUGUGAAUAAAAUUUCACCUGAGGAAGAGAUGUUCCUUAACAGGAUGAGCAUUGAAGAACUCUUAAAGACUGAUUGGAAUCCUCAACUUAAGGAAUAUUUUCUUACUGUGAGGGUAAAAAUAACAGAAAUAGACAACACAUUUGGAUGGUACAAAAUACAUAUAAAAGUUGAGGACAAGACUGCAGAGACAACUUUGGUGAUAUUUAAUGAUAUAGCUGAGAACUUACUUAACACAGCAGCAAACAAGUUGUUUAAACAAAAAACCAAUGAUGUUCCAACAGAAAUUCUAAGUCUUUGUGGCAGAGAGUUUGUUUACAAGUUGAAGUUGAAUACGAAUAAUUUGAAAUAUGGACAUGAGAACUUUACAGUGUCAAAGGUUUUCAAUCUAAAUGAGAAAUUAGAAGAGCAAGAUGAGUUGAAGAAAAUAAAAGAUAAUAAGGAAAAAAAUAAUAAUACUAAUGAAGAAAAUGGGAAUGAAAAUCGAAAGGAGUUACAUUUCAAAGACAUAACUACUGCAAAAGAUUUAGAAGACUCUGAUGAAGAUUAUCAUCAUAGCAUUUCUCUUAAAAAAAAUAGAAAAAACAUAAUUAUUGAAGAUGAUAGUGACGAUGAAAAUAUGAAUUAUAGCGAUUGA